GUCACCGUUUCACUUCCGUGUCACACAGCGAACAUGGCGGAUAAAGAGAAGAAGAAAAAGGAGAGCAUCUUCGACUUGUCGAAAUACAUCGACAAGCCCAUUCGUGUGAAGUUUCAAGGAGGACGAGAGGCCAGCGGGGUCCUGAAAGGGUUUGAUCCUCUGCUGAACCUGGUGUUGGACGGCACAAUCGAGUACAUGCGUGGUAAGUUAAAUUGGCUACAAACUCUCCUGCAGGUCGGAAAGAAAUGUAUAAAAAACACUGAACAGCACACUGUAGAACUUCUUCUUGGGCACAUGACACGGCAAAACUAAAGAAACUACAGAGAUGUCGAAGACGGAGGAAACAAAGAGUUGUGCACAGUUGUAGACUUCACCAACAUAUAUGUCCAUCAUAUCCUGGAGGUUUGCCAAAGUCUCCCGAUUCAUGUUUGUUGCCUGUGACUAUAAAAACCUUACUAGUUUGAGUAAGGUUUUCAACUAGCCAUCUCUGCGAUGCCUAAUCACGUAAACGUAAACAAAGAGGAUGAUACUUUCAGC